AUGCCCAUCCAGUCUCCACAGAGGGAACCAGUGUCUGCCUCAAAGGUGUUCACACACUCCUCACAUGGAGCACCCAUGCAGGACAAGAUAGGAGCUCGUCCCAAAGUAAAGAUCCCUGAGCCUGAGAUAGCGCCUCUGUCUUGUUCUCAGGCAGCUCUUGUUGUUAAAAAGAUCUCCGAGAGGAGAGAUGCUGAAAUCCCUGAGCUGCGGAGGCAGAAUACCCAUAAUGCACCAGAGCCCGAGUCUUCUGCAAAACUGAGGAUCCCGAAGCAGAGGGAGAAGUUGAGGGAUUGGUGGGACCAUCAGCAGAGGCAAAAGGGAGUGUCUGACAGUGCCGGAGUGGACAGACAAUUGCUGACAGCAUUGCGGCAUAAGUGUCCUCCUUCACAACCACAUGGACAUCAGUUAAACGCCGAAUCUAGACCAGCAUCUGCUCUGCGACCCAACAACAUGACUCGCACACGCCGACCCAUCGCUCUGUUUCUCAUGCUGUCUUCCCUGCAUUGGCUAGGAAGCUCUCUUGACCUUUCAAACCCAGCGGCUUCCAGCGAUGAAGAUCCUGCCGUCAACAGUAGAGAUGCUCCCAAGAGACCCGUACUGCAGCCCAAAGAGACGGCCCCGCCUCAGUCCACCUACACACUCAAGAACCUUAAAGGACAAGUGUGUGUGCGGGCCCGUUUGGGAGGGGAGUAUGUGGUGAGAGAGAACAAAAAGAAGUACUAUUUCAACCUGGACCCCGGCUCCACACAAGCCUCAGGAUACUGUUUGAACCAAAAGUCUGUUCUCUCACUGAGUUUUGCUGGUGGAAAUCUGGAGUUCACUUUCAUCAAGGAAGGCAAUGUCUUCUAUGUGACGAAAAUCACAGGUCUUCUGAUGCCUGUCCCCACUUGUAAAAAUUGCCAGA